AAAGACAGUUCAUUUUUUGUCUACGACGUCGUGAAGUACACUCGCUAUUUUCUCUUCAAUUCGAUGCACAAAGACUGGUAUAUCUGCGAGGAAAAUAAGGCUGAAGAUCGUGGAGUUCACAAAAUAAGUAAACUUGGUCUAGACUUUUAUAGUGGUAACCCAGACGUUCUUCCACGUUGUGCCUUUAUACUCAACCCAAUAGAAAAAAAUGGCGACAAGUUUAGGAACUGUAAAAACUUUAUUGGGCCAGUGGAAACUCCAGAAAUAAGCGGACAACCUUUUCCUCAUCCACCUCAUUUGGUUUCGAAUAAACCACCGUCUCCUUUUGGGCUACCAACCUGUAUACCAGUUUGCCCAGCGAGAACAACACAGCCGGGAGCUCAGGCAGGACAAGGGAGUAUGGGCCAAGCGGGUCCCGGCACCUCCGCUGCUGGAGCGAGUUCAUCACAUGGAGUUCAACCCUCAACAGCUGUUCAACCCCCUAACAAACGUAAGAGAUAG